AUGGUUUGCCAAACUUCGUCUGAUAUACUUUUAAGAGAUAUUAGUAAUCUUUAUGAUAAAGCUGAUGAUUAUAAUGUAAAAAUACAAGUCGGAGAAGAUUCAAAAAUGGAAAUAUUUAAAGCUCAUUCAGUUAUUUUGCGUGCUAGGUCAAACUAUUUUCGUUCUGCAUUUUCUUCAAAUUGGGCUAAAAAAGAAGGAGAUUUUUAUAUAUUAAAAAAACCAAAUGUAACACCAAUUGUAUUUCAAAUCAUAUUAAAAUAUAUUUACACUGGAAUAGUUGAACUCGAAACAGUUAAUGUAGAAAAUAAUUUUAUUGAAUUAUUUCUUGCAGCAGAUGAGAUGAAUCUAUGUGAAAUUACUGAGCAUCUUUGUAAUAAUCAUUGGAUUAUGCAAAAUAGCAUUAAACUCUUUAAUACUAUUUCAUGUCGAAAAGUAAACUUUCCUAAACUUAAAGAAUUAUGCUAUAAUACUAUGAUUCAAACCCCAAAAUUAUAUAUUAAUUCUGAUGAGUUUUUGGGAUUAGAUUAUGAAGUCUUACUUACAAUUAUUCAACUUGAUAAUCUAGAAAUGAAAGAAAUCGUAAUUUGGGAGAAUUUAAUAAAAUGGGGUAUAGCAAAGAAUUCUACUUUUAAUUCAGAUAUGACAACUUGGACUAUUAAUGAAUAUGAGAUCUUGAAGGAAACUAUUUCACCAUUUAUUCAACAUAUUCGAUUUUUUCAAAUGACACCUCAAGAAUAUUAUUAUAAGGUUCAUCCUCUAGAUAAAUUGCUUCCUAAAGAAAUCAAAGAAGACCUACUUUUAUAUUUUAUUGUUCCAGAUUGCAAAUUGACCACAAAAGUCCUUCCACUUAGAAAAUCUCAGUAUGUAUUUGAUUCAUUUAUUCUUAAGAGAACUCAUUUUAACCUUAUUUCAUACUGGAUUGAAAAUGGUCAAGAAUUAUUGCCAAAUCCACUUGAAGAUGGUCAAUAUGAAUUUAAUUUGCUUUUACGUGGAAGUAGAGAUGGAUUUGAACCAAAAGAUUUUCACUUAAAAUGCAAUAAUAAAGGAGCUACAAUUGUUAUAAUUAAAUUAAAAAAUUUGGACAAAAUGAUUGGAGGAUAUAAUCCAAUAAAAUGGAGUGGAUCUAAUAAAUAUCUUAAAACAGAUAAAAGUUUUAUCUUUUCAUUUUCAAAUAAUUUAUGCUCGUCAAAAAUUAAAUUAAGCAGAGUUAAAAACAGUGGUUUUGCAAUUAGUGAUGGUAAUAUCGAUAGACGCUACCAUGGAUUUGGUUAUGGAGAUUUAGAUAUAUUUGAAAAAAGCUGUAAAUUAGAAGAUUAUUCUAUUAAAAUUCACGAUUCUGAAAACUUCGAAAUUGAUGAUUAUGAAGUGUUUCAAGUUGUAAAAAAGGAAUAA